GGGAGCGAUCUCCGAGCGAGGCAGCAAGAUGGAUGCGGGAUUCUUCCGCGGAACAAGUGCAGAACAGGAUAAUCGGUUCAGCAACAAACAGAAGAAACUACUGAAGCAGCUGAAAUUUGCAGAAUGCCUAGAAAAAAAGGUGGACAUGAGCAAAGUAAAUUUGGAGGUUAUAAAGCCUUGGAUAACAAAACGAGUAACAGAAAUCCUUGGAUUUGAAGAUGCUUCAGUGAAAGUAAAAGAACCUUCAGUACAAGAGGCCACAUCUACUAGUGACAUCCUGAAAGUUCCCAAGCCUGAGCCCAUGCCAGAACCUAAAGAACCUACUCCGGAGAAAAAUUCCAAAAAAGAAAAAGACAAGACACGGCCAAGAUCUCGGUCACGUUCCAAGUCAAGGUCACGGACCCGUUCUCGGUCUCCUCAUACUCGACCAAGAAGGCGCCAUAGGUCCCGAUCAAGAUCAUACUCACCCAGAAGGCGGCCAAGCCCAAGAAGGAGACCAUCUCCUCGAAGAAGAAGCCCACCACGACGAAUGCCGCCACCUCCAAGGCACAGAAGGAGUAGAUCUCCCGUAAGACGGAGGCGGUCAUCAGCAUCGCUGCCUGGGAGCAGUUCAUCAUCCUCCUCAUCUCGUUCCCGGUCACCACCAAAGAAACCUCCCAAGAGGACGUCCAGCCCCCCUCGAAAAACUCGUAGGUUAUCUCCUUCAGCAAGUCCUCCAAGGCGAAGUCCUCGAUGGCACAGGCCAUCCCCACCAGCUACUCCACCACCAAAAACACGUCAUUCCCCAACGCCCCAGCAGUCAAACCGUACAAGAAAAAGUCGUGUUUCUGUGUCUCCGGGGAGAACUUCAGGUAAAGUAACAAAACAUAAAGGUACUGAGAAAACAGAAUCACCAGCACCAGCACCAAAGCCUAGAAAAGUAGAGUUAUCUGAAUCUGAAGAAGAUAAAGGCGGCAAGAUGGCUGCAGCUGAUUCUGUGCAGCAGCGACGCCAGUACAGACGACAGAACCAGCAGUCUUCAUCUGACUCCAGCUCAUCCUCUUCCUCUGAAGAUGAGCGACCCAAGCGAUCCCAUGUGAAAAAUGGUGAGGUGGGCCGGCGGUGGAGACAUUCCCCUUCCCGAAGUGCGUCUCCAUCACCACGAAAGCGCCAGAAAGAGACCUCCCCUCGUGGUAGACGAAGGAGAAGCCCCUCCCCUCCACCUGCCAGAAGACGCCACUCACCCUCACCAGCUCCUCCUCCUCGGCGGCGCAGAUCCCCCACACCACCGCCACGACGAAGGACUCCCUCACCUCCCCCUCGGCGGCGCUCACCUUCCCCAAGAAGAUACUCUCCUCCCGUGAGGAGAUACUCUCCUUCUCCACCUCCAAAGAGAAGGACGGCUUCGCCCCCACCCCCUCCCAAGAGAAGGGCAUCACCAUCCCCACCACCAAAGCGCCGGGUCUCCCCCUCUCCGCCUCCCAAACAGAGAAGCUCCCCAGCCGCCAAGAGACGCUCACCUUCUGUCUCAUCAAAGCCUAAGAAAGGGUCUUCCCCAAGCCGUGCUCCCAGGGAGACCCGGUCACCACAACCAAACAAACGGCAUUCUCCCUCACCACGGCCUCGAGCUCCUCAGACCUCACGUCCUCCACCGGCUCGAAGAGGAAUGUCAGCCUCACCCCAAAGAAGGCAGUCCCCAUCUCCGAGUACCAGGCCCAUUAGAAGAGUCUCCAGAACUCCAGAACUUAAAAAGACAAAAAAGGCUGCCUCACCGAAAUCCAAACUAGACACUACAGCUCUUCAGUCAUUGUGUCCCUUUUCUCCUCUGAGAGAAGGAUUUGAAAGGAGUUGA